CAGGCUUCUGCGGGGGCAGCUAAGUGGGACCUACGGCUCGUGUGUCGGAUUCAUUCCAGUUGCUCUCACUGGCUGCCACAGCAGAUUUUCCUCUGUGCAACAGGGAGCUGGAGCUGAACCUCCUCUGUGCAUGAAAACACUCUGCAAACAUGGCUGGUAAAAUUCAGGGUCUGACUGAGGAGGAGAGAGCCCACCUACUCCCCCUGCUACGCAACGCUCAGUGGGUGGAGGUCGUGGGACAGGACGCCAUUUACAAAGAGUUUAUUUUUAAGGACUUCAAUCAGGCUUUUGGUUUCAUGUCCAGAGUGGCUUUACAAGCUGAGAAGAUGGACCAUCAUCCUGAGUGGUUCAAUGUCUAUAAUAAGGUUCAGAUCACUCUCAGCACACAUGACUGUGGGGGGUUGUCCCAGCGCGACAUCACUUUGGCCACCUUCAUUGACCAGGCAUCACUGAUGUGAACAACACACAUUAACAGUCAUUCUGGAAGUCAGUCUUUCAUUUCAUUCCACUGAGAGGAAAAUGUCUGGGGAUGUGACCUGUAAUUCCAAAGAAUAUGAACCAAUUACUUUCAACGCAUUGUGUAUAAUGUAGCUGUAGGUGAAAGGGUCCAAUGUCUUUAAAAAAUGUUGAUGUUUUUUGUUUUGCGCUUGGUGAAUAAAUGAGAUUACAGGCCAAAGAUAAGUAGUUAAAAUCAUGUUUACACAUUAAAGUCAUUUAAAUAACGCCUCAGCCACUAUUCAACUUGUUUAUGUCCUUCUGUCAAAAUUAGUGCCUUCUGUGCCAAAUGUUUUUGUACUGUACCGUAAUGUAGUAAAUGUUACUUCUCCAUCAAA